AUGUUGAAAUGGAAGAGACUCGGGAAACGUCUUCCUCGACUCCGUCCUAUGAGCCUAACCAAGGAUUUCAAAUCGAGUGCUCAAAUCCCGAGUUUCACACACCGACUGACUGCCCAUCCCAUUACUCGAGAGGUUUCCAAGGCAAUCAUUGACAUUGAUACCGAUGCUUUCAUGAGCGAGAUUCCCUGCAAAAGACCCCCAGUAUUUAAACCAUCUCUUACGAGUAUUGAAGAGGAGGGCCCCUACGUCUUCAAAUAUCAAAUGAACGAUAGCCAACUUCCAGGAACUCCCCACAGAAGACUACGACGCCAGAGGGCCAUCGAGAACUUCAGGGAACUUAUCGCAAAUGGGUUCGCGGAAUCAUCCCCAUCAACUACGGGCAGCUUUACAGAUACAACAAGUUCAACCGAUACUCACCUUACUCUUCUCGCUGAUUUCAUGGGGUAUGAUAUCGAAUCUAUUAACUAG